AUUAAAUAUGUGGGCUUGUUCUUUGCCAAUAAUUUUUUGCUACAACAAACACUCUGGGCAGGAGGCCAUCCUGGGUGGGAGGACUAAAUGACACAAUCCAGCCAACCUCAGGUAGUGUGGCUUCCUGCAGAAUGCGGCUGUGUUGCUAAGGAACGAGGAUCUGAGAGCGGGCUGUUUGGUUUUCCAUUUAGAGGCGAGGUCCCGGGAGAAGGCUGCUCCCCGCGGUGGUGUGGUUGGGCCGUGGAGACGAGCUGCUGAUGGACCGUACGCCGACCUACUCGGCUGGAACUGGGGCGCUGGCUCCCUGCUGAACGCACCAGAGGGCAGCUCCGCUGGCUUUGCGUACCCUUUGCCAGACGAUGCCCUCGGCACAGCCCCCAGGCCGUCUUCCUGGGGAGCCGCCGGAGCGCGGGCAACUGGGAGAGGGGGCGGUGCCCAGUUCCCGGCCCGGCCCUCCCCGCGGAGGUGGCCACGUCAGCGCAGCGUCGCUCGGGGCUCGCGGCCGGAUGGGGAAGGCGGCGGCGGCGGUGGCCUUUGGGGCCGAAGUGGGCGUGCGGCUCGCGCUGUUCGCGGCCUUCCUGGUGACGGAGCUGCUCCCCCCGUUCCAGAGACUCAUCCAGCCGGAGGAGAUGUGGCUCUACCGGAACCCCUACGUGGAGGCGGAGUAUUUCCCCACCAAGCCGAUGUUUGUUAUUGCAUUUCUCUCUCCACUGUCUCUGAUCUUCCUGGCCAAAUUUCUCAAGAAGGCAGACACAAGAGACAGCAGACAAGCCUGCCUGGCUGCCAGCCUUGCCCUGGCUCUGAAUGGCGUCUUUACCAACACAAUAAAACUGAUCGUAGGGAGGCCACGCCCAGAUUUCUUCUACCGCUGCUUCCCUGAUGGGCUAGCCCAUUCUGACUUGAUGUGUACAGGGGAUAAGGACGUGGUGAAUGAGGGCCGAAAGAGCUUCCCCAGUGGACAUUCUUCCUUUGCAUUUGCUGGUCUGGCCUUUGCGUCCUUCUACCUGGCAGGGAAGUUACACUGCUUCACACCACAAGGCCGUGGGAAAUCUUGGAGGUUCUGUGCCUUUCUGUCACCUCUACUUUUUGCAGCUGUGAUUGCACUGUCCCGCACAUGUGACUACAAGCAUCACUGGCAAGGACCCUUUAAAUGGUGAAAAUGGGCAGAUGAAUAGCAAUAAGUGGACCUUUGUUACUCUUCUGAGUUAGAAAAAUUCUAAUUUAGUACACUCUGAACAAAGCUUAUUAUACUUACUUAAGAUGUGUUUUGAUUUGGUGUUCAGAAAGCAACCUGACAAUGAUAAUACUGUAACUAUGAUAAAAUUGAGAAUAAAAAGAUUUUAUUUAGAAACCAUAAGUCUGGAAUUGAGGUUAUUUUAGCCCCACAGUAGAGUAUCCUGGAGGGCCAGGUCCUCUAUGCUAUGUGUAUGUAAUAGGAUUUAGGAGCCUAAUAUUAAGAGAAGACCUUGUUUCCACUCUCUUCAGAUGUACUAGUUGGAUCCAUGAUUGGAAUGACAUUUGCCUAUGUCUGCUAUCGGCAGUAUUAUCCUCCUCUGACUGAUGCAGAAUGCCAUAAACCAUUUCAAGACAAACUUGUACUUUCCACUGCACAGAAGCCUGGGGAUUCUUAUUGUUUUGAUAUUUAAAAAUUGAAUCUGGCUGGGCAUGGUGGCUCAUGCCUGUAAUCCCAACACUUUGGGAGGCCGAGGAGGGUGGAUCACCUGAGGUCAGGACCAGCCUGGCCAACAUGGUGAACCCUGUCUCUACUAAAAAUACAAAAAUUAGCCAGGAGUUGUGUGCCGUAAUCCCAGCUACCUGGGAGGCUGAGGUAGGAGAAUUGCUUGAACCUGGGAGCUGGAGGUUCCAGUGAGCCGAGAUCGCACCACUGCACUCCAAGCCUAGGCAACAGAGUGAGACCCUGUCUCAAAAAAAAAAAAAAUUGAAUCUAUCUCAAUAGAGAACAGGUGAACUAGCCCUCCUAACCGGACCAUGCACAAGACAAGAAAUUCUGGCCUUUUUUUUCCCCUUCCAAGGUGCAAGUGAGGACAUAAGCCACACUGUAUUCUGCCUCCAAAUGAUUACACACUUUUGCCCCUGCUCAUCUAUCUUGAGGAGUUACGGUUCUUUUCCACUACUGUAUGCCACAUGUUCUAGUAAAAGGAUCUUUCAAAGGUGUCCAACACCUUAUGAAUCUGGUCUAUCAGAUUAAUAUCUGAAGAUCUACAGUGUUUUUACAUUUAAUUUAAAUGCCAUUCUUAGAAGGAUCUUGUCACAAAGAAGCCUUUACAUAGCCCCACCUUGUCUCAGAAGCUAGAGUUCAUUAUCAAAACUUCAUUUCCAUUUCAUAUAGCUCAAAAUCUUAAAAUCUAGGGCAUGGCCAACUAAAUUACUUUGAUUCUGUUUACCUUCUCUGAUGACAAUUCCAUCAAGCCUUAAAUAGGAAAAUGUCGAAUCUAGGGUAAUUUAUCACUUUUGUGUGCAUCUUAUCUGAGUCCAGCCAUCUGGUACUGCUGUGCAUUUUGAACACCGUGGGCAUAAACAAUUUGUUGAAUUACUAAGUGAAAACAAUAAUAAAGAAGAAAAUGGUCAGGAGUGUGGUUUCAGCACUACUAACAGAUGACUGUUUCUACCUCAUUUGACCAUAACUGUGCUUGUGAGCUUCUUUCCUUCCAUUCAUGACUGAAGAUCUGCUCAAAUGCACCAACACUGCCAAGUGACUAAGGCAGAAAAGAAAAAUGACAGGUAUCGUCAUCUGAAGGAAAGAUGAAUCUUUUUCUGCCCCUUCUUCACAAUGGAAUAUAAGGAACAAUUAUGGGAUGUCAUCAGAAUGGAUGCCAUAGGACCUACAGCUCCCUUUCUCUUUAUUGUGAUUAUACUUUAAAUAUGACGUUGUCUUUUAUGUGUAUCUUCCUAUAUUUUCAAUGUAUCUUUUUCCUUCAGUAAACCUGAUAUUCAAAUAAAA